GAUAAGAAGAAGAAGUCAGGUCCAAAUGCACCUAGUGUGAGACACAUUCCUGCCCAAUAUUUGCAGCUGGAACGUCUUUGUGGUGGGAAAGCUAGAGGAGAACUUAAAGAUGGCUGCGAAGUUCUAUUUGGAUAUAAGAGUAGCUGAGAUCGUACCAUCUAUGAGACAAUCGAUCAUAAGAAUGCCACACGUCUUUUUAGACGCCAAUCUUCAUAUGUAAAAAUGUCAAAAUGGCCGAUAGAAGGUGAAUGUGCAAGAGUGAGAGAGAUUGUUGAAAAGUCAGGUUUGUAUGUUGCGGUUGAGAACUCCGUCAUUACGUAUGACAAGGUGGCAGUAUCAUGUUUCACCGAGAGGUUUUAUGGUGAAACCGAUACAUUCCUAUUUCCUUUUGGCGAGAUGGCAGUGAUUCCAGACGAUGCAGGACAUAUUUUAGGGUUGCAAGUGGAAGGAAAAUCAACCGGUGACAAGUUCAAGAAAAACCUACCUUGGAAUGAAAUUUAUGCACUCAACUUGAAGUUGUUUGGUUGGGAUGAAGCGACGACAUAUGUGCAAUUCAUCCCGGGAAAGAAGUACCCAAAGAAAGAAUUCAAGCUUAAUCCCCUUAGAAAGAUGUAUGUUGGUUCACUUGAGAAAGACGGAGACAAUAAUCUCCUCUCUGAUUUAGAAGUUCGUACUACGGCGGCCGCUUAUCUGUUGUACGUCCUUGGUUCUGUUAUAUUUCCCGAUAGCAAAGGAAACAGAGUCAGCGUCAACCUUCUACAUCUUUUGGAUCCAUUGGACGAGGUGAGUAGGUACUCGUGGGGGACUGCCAUAGGGGCACAUUUGAAUGCACAGCUAGCAAAGGCAUCCCGGGAACGAAUUUCUCAAAUUAACGGGAAUUUGGCUCUACUUCAGGUGUGGAUUUACGAGCAUUUUCCUUCAUUGAUCAAAGACGAUGAAGACAUCGAAUUGGAGUCAACAUGGGACAUUACUAAACCAAGAAGAACCCGAUACAAGUUCGGUGGGUCUCAGGAUAAGGAGGAAUCGCAAAAAGAAGACUUGAUAGCCAUGUGCUAUAAAUUGGACCACAUGACAGCCAAAAAGGUAAAAUUUGAUCCGCAUAAGGAAGAUAGGGAUGAAGGAAUCCAAGAUCUUGUAUAUUACCAUGACCCUUUUGAUGUGUUUUUCAAUUGAGUUGUAGUAAGAUGAUUCGUUCACUCAGAUUUGUUGAGAAUUUGUUUUAAGAAUU